GUAACCCCAACCCCCCCCCACGGGUCAUUGCUCGUUUUUGGGAACUUUCUUUUUAAGCUCUGAAGACUGAUUUUCAGAAGAGAAACUGAAACCGGAAAGGUAGAGUGAAAGAGUUUCCACACAUACCCACCUAUACAUACACCCUAUAUAUAUGUAUAUAUUCCUUCACAGAGCUUUAGAAAUCCAGAGGCCUGUUUGUGUAGUUUCUCCAGUGCCACUUUAGAACGCUGCAGCGUUUCUUUCCGGAGGGUAAGAGAAUCAAGGAAAUCUUUGUGACCCAGAUCACGAUUUCUCUAGAAUUUCUCUGGACACUACAGUGGGUUUGUCUAAGAAUAUGGAUGAUGAGUAUGAAAAAUUCAUCAGAAGAAUGAAUCCACCAAGAGUGGUAAUUGACAAUAAAUCCUGCAAAAAUGCCACUGUUAUACAGGUGGAUAGUGCUAACAAACAUGGUAUACUUUUGGAGGUAGUGCAAGUUCUUACUGAUCUUAACCUUAUCAUUACCAAGGCUUAUAUAUGCUCUGAUGGAGGAUGGUUCAUGGACGUCUUCAAUGUCACUAAUCAAGAUGGAAACAAGGUAACAGAUGACACAGUUUUGGAUUAUAUUAUGAAGUCACUUGGCCCAGAUUCUUGCUUUGAAUCAUCUAUGAGAAGAGCUGUUGGGGUAACUUCUGGACCAAACCACACCUCCAUCGAGUUAAUAGGGAGUGACAGACCAGGGUUACUAUCUGAGGUCAGUGCGGUCCUCACGAACCUAAAAUGCAACGUGGUGAACGCCGAGGUGUGGACCCACAACACCCGGGCAGCAGCCAUAAUCCAGGUCACGGACGAGGAUACCGGGGGCCCGGUUACCAAUCCCGAAACACUGACCAUGGUUAAGAAGCUACUGUGCAACGUGUUGAGGGGAAGCAACAAGUGCAGGGAUGCAAAGACUCAGAUUAACCACGGAGUUACUCACACUGACAGAAGGCUUCACCAGCUGAUGUUUGCUGACAGAGAUUAUGAGCGCGUUAAUGACGAUGACGAAGGUUUGGAUUGUCAUCAACAAAGGCCUAAUGUGAACGUUGUUAAUUGGCACGACAGGGAUUACUCGGUUGUGACGAUUCAGUGCAAGGACAGACCUAAGCUUCUCUUUGAUGUUAUCUGCACUUUGACAGACAUGGAAUAUAUAGUCUUCCAUGGCAAUGUUGAUGCCGAGGGUCCCGAAGCUAAUCAGGAGUAUUGCAUAAGACACAUUGAUGGGUCCCCCGUGAAGUCGGAUGCGGAACGACAAAGAGUGAUUCACUGUCUUGAAGCAGCUAUUGAAAGAAGGGUAUCUGAGGGAUUGAAGCUAGAGCUUUGCACAACAGACAGAGUGGGGCUGCUAUCAGAUGUGACGCGGAUAUUCCGGGAGAACAGUCUGAGUGUGACAAGAGCCGAAGUCACGACCCGCGGGGGCAAAGCUGUCAAUACAUUCUACGUGCGGGAUGCCUCAGGGUACCCAGUCGAUUCAAAGAUCAUAGAGUCAGUGAGGCAGACGAUAGGACAGACUAUCCUACAAGUGAAGGGUACCCCCAGAGAGCUAAGUUCAUCUGUUCCUCAAGAAUCUCCCACCAGGUCACUCUUUGGUGGCAUUUUCAAGUCAAGAUCCUUCUGCAAUUUCGGCCUUGUCAGAUCAUAUUCUUGAAAAAAAAAUAAGGGAAAAAAAAUAGUCCUAAUUAAUUUAUCUGUCUCUUGCCGUGUAAAUAUGCAAUCUUAGGCUCUAUUAAUCUGAAAUAUCAAUCAGUUACUGAGGUAAAAAAAAAGAGAUUAAACUUAGCCAGUGAAUGUAAAUAUAUCUAUAUAUGCUACUUGGCCUUCUUCUUCUAGAGAAAUGGUUUUUACUUCAUCUACUUACCCUUUUGGGGGUACAUUG